CGGGGGCAACGCGGGGGCGGGCCCGGAGCCAUGGCCGCCGCCAAGAGGACCGAGCUGGGCCCGCUCGUCGGCGCCGUCGACCAGGGCACCAGCUCCACCAGGUUUCUGGUUUUCAAUGCAAAAACAGCAGAACUCCUUAGCCAUCAUCAAGUGGAACUGAAACAGGAGUUUCCGAAAGAAGGAUGGGUGGAGCAAGAUCCGAAGGAGAUUCUGCAGUCUGUCUAUGAGUGUAUAGAGAAAACCUGUGAGAAACUUGUCCAGCUCAAUAUCGACAUCUCCAACAUCAAAGCCAUCGGUGUCAGCAAUCAGCGGGAAACCACCGUGGUCUGGGACAAGUUCACCGGAGAGCCUCUCUACAAUGCCGUCGCUGCUCCCGUCUCUGGUGGUUUUCCCGUUCCAGCUGCCGGUGCUCCGUCCGGUUCUCCCUCAGUGUGGCUCGACCUAAGGACUCAAUCCACAGUCGAAGCUCUUGCCCAGAAAAUUCCAGGAAAUAAUAACUUUGUCAAGUCUAAGACGGGUCUCCCCAUCAGCACUUACUUCAGUGCCGUGAAACUGCGCUGGCUCCUUGACAACGUGGAAGAAAUCCGAAAAGCCGUCGAAGACGAUCGAGCUAUGUUUGGUACCAUCGACUCCUGGCUCAUUUGGAGUAUGACCGGCGGGAAGAACGGAGGCGUCCACUGCACGGAUGUGACCAACGCCAGCCGGACCAUGCUGUUCAAUAUCCACACCCUGGAAUGGGAUCCCGAGCUCUGCCAGUUUUUCGAAAUCCCUAUGGAAAUACUUCCGAGCAUCAGGAGUUCCUCAGAGAUCUACGGCUUGAUGAAAAUCUCUCGUAGCCUGAAAGCCGGAGCCUUGGAUGGAGUGCCGAUCUCCGGGUGUCUGGGGGACCAGUCGGCCGCUCUUGUCGGACAGAUGUGUUUCCAGAACGGACAAGCCAAAAAUACGUAUGGGACAGGCUGUUUCUUGCUGUGUAACACAGGCCAAAAGUCGGUGUUUUCCGAUCAUGGCCUGCUAACCACGGUGGCUUACAAACUGGGCAGAGACAAGCCAGUAUGCUACGCGUUGGAAGGAUCGGUCGCGAUAGCCGGCGCUGUGAUUCGCUGGCUGAGAGACAACCUCGGCAUCGCCAAGUCGUCCGACGAGAUCGAAAAACUGGCUCAAGAAGUGGGGACGUCUUACGGCUGCUAUUUCGUCCCGGCCUUCUCCGGACUGUACGCACCCUACUGGGAACCCAGUGCCAGGGGGAUCAUCUGCGGCCUGACCCAGUUCACCAACAAGAACCACAUCGCCUUUGCCGCCUUGGAAGCGGUCUGCUUCCAAACCCGAGAGAUUUUAGAUGCUAUGAACAAAGAUUGUGGAAUUCCCCUGAGCCACUUGCAAGUCGACGGCGGGAUGACCAACAACAAAAUCCUCAUGCAACUUCAGGCCGACAUCCUCUGCAUUCCAGUGGUCAAGCCCUCCAUGCCCGAGACCACGGCCCUGGGGGCCGCCAUGGCCGCCGGCUCGGCGGAAGGAGUGGCCGUCUGGAGCCUGGACCCCGAGGACCUGUCGGCCGUCACCAUGGAGCGCUUCGAGCCUCAGAUAAACGAAGAGGAGAGCGAAGUCCGCUACGCCACGUGGAAGAAGGCGGUGGCGAAGUCGAUGGGCUGGGCCACCGCUCAGACGAGCUCGCAGGGUGACCCUAGUAUCUUCUGUAGUCUUCCCCUGGGCUUUUUUAUAGUGAGUAGCAUGAUAAUGUUAAUCGGAGCAAGGCACAUCUCAGGGGUUCCGUAAAGCGGCGCUCCUCCACGGCUCCGGGAUGCGGGCAUUCGGACGCGCCUGGCCGAUCCAGCGAUUCCGUCUCGUCCGCGUCAGGGCGACGUUACCCGUAGGACUCUGUUUUAUUUCUAAGCUGCUGCUCUCAGAGCCCGCGAGGACCUGGCGGGUAGACCUGUCCUUUGAAAUAAAGCAAGUGCAGCUGAAAGAACAGCGUGAACACACA